CAGCGAGGUGACGUGAAAGGUUGGGAGUGCUGCUACCCAAGAGCGGUGAAAGGAGCAGUGACUCCUAGGGGGAGAACCAGGCCGGGCAAAGGCAUGAGGCGUACUGAGCUCUGACACAGAGACCCCUCCAGGCCCGAGCUGAUAGGGGGCAGGCUGGGGUGAGAGGAGGGGUGUAAGGCCAGACGAAGGGUAGCAAGAAAUAGUUCUGAUGCUAUCCGUGUAUCUUAGAGCACAUCGGAGGGGGCAUCAGCCAGGGCCAGGGGGUACAGGAGGGGGCAUUAACACAGGACAGGAGGGCAGCGUCGUGAGCGAAAUGGACAGUCAGGAGAUCUGUAAGAUGAGAUAAAGAGUCUGAUGUACAGGACUGUGAAUAAGUUGGUCAGGUACAGUGAUUAACUGCACAGAACGGAGCUAAAAAGACAGUUUAUAUACUGAGGGCAGUGCUGGGUCAUGAUUAAUGAGUGUAGGGUCAACGGCUAUAGAACGGGGGCACUUCUCAUCAGUAACUGUCUAAGAGGGCAGGGAGGAAGUAUUGUAGUUUUAGAGCUGAAAACAUUUCCAGUGUCCUGCACUAAUUAGCUUUAUGCCCACGGGAUGGCCAGCCGUAUUCGCCGUUCGUGGCUCAGUGUGCUGCUGGGACUAGUCCUGGGUUUUUUGUUGGCAUCUCGUCUCAUCAUUCCCCGAGCAGCAGAGUUGAAUAGAACCAGCCGGAGGAGAGGGGGUAAAGCAGGAGGUGAAGGGCAGUUAGGCAGCUGUGGCUUGCCAGCAGGACUCAGGACUGAUUACAGUGGGGUGCUUGGUUGGCAGCAAAAGUUACACCAAGAGACUGGAGGCUUGGGGAGUGAUGAAGACAUUCCCAGGGAUAAGAACUUCCUCUUUGUUGGGGUGAUGACAGCUCAAAAGUACCUGGAAACAAGAGCUGUGGCCGCAUUUAAAACCUGGUCCAACUCCAUCCCUGGCAAAGUUGAAUUUUUCUCAAGUGAGGGCUCUGAUACAUCUAUAACAAUCCCAAUUAUUCCACUUCAUGGAGUGGAUGAUUCCUACCCUCCUCAAAAGAAGUCCUUUAUGAUGCUGAAAUACAUGCAUGAUCACUACUUAGACCAGUAUGAAUGGUUCAUGAGAGCUGACGAUGAUGUGUACAUAAAAGGUGAUCGUCUAGAGAGCUUCUUGCGGAGCCUGAACAGCAGUGAGCCCCUCUUCCUUGGACAAACAGGCCUUGGCACCACUGAGGAAAUGGGCAAACUAGCUUUGGAACCAGGGGAGAAUUUCUGCAUGGGUGGCCCAGGCGUUAUCAUGAGUAGAGAGGUUCUGCGGCGGAUGGUGCCUCAUAUCGGGGAGUGUCUUCGGGAAAUGUUCACCACUCAUGAGGAUGUGGAGAUUGGACGAUGUGUUAGGCGAUUUGCUGGAGUGCAGUGUGUGUGGUCUUACGAGAUGCAGCAGCUGUUUUAUGAAAACUAUGAACAGAACAAGAAGGGCUACAUCCGUGACCUACGUAAUAGCAAGAUCCACAGAGCCAUUACUUUGCACCCAAAUAAAAACCCACCCUACCAGUAUCGACUGCACAGUUACAUGCUAAGUCGCAAAAUAGCAGAACUCCGGUACCGGACAAUUCAACUGCACAGAGAAAUUGUUCUGAUGAGUAAAUACAGCAACAGAGAGGUUCAUAAGGAUGAUCUACAGCUUGGUAUUGCUCCGUCUUUCAUGAGAUAUCAACCACAGCAGCGGGAAGAAAUACUGGAAUGGGAAUUCCUAACAGGUAAAUAUUUGUAUUCUGCCUCUGAUGGGCAGCCUCCAAGACGUGGCAUGGAUUAUUCCCAGAAAGAGGCUCUUGAUGACAUUGUAAUGCAAGUUAUGGAAAUGAUCAAUGCAAAUGCAAAGACCAGAGGCCGUGUUAUUGACUUUAAAGAGAUACAGUAUGGAUACCGCAGGAUUAACCCAAUGUAUGGGGCAGAGUAUGUUCUUGAUCUUCUUCUUCUAUACAAAAAGCACAAGGGCAAAAAACUGACAGUUCCUGUGAGGAGGCAUGCCUACCUUCAGCAAACCUUUAGCAAACUUCAAUUUAUGGAGCAUGAAGAAAUUGAUGCAAAAGAACUCGCUAACAAAAUAAACCAGGAUUCAGGAUCUUUGUCUUUUCUGUCAAAUUCACUUAAGAUGCUUGUUCCAUUUCAACUCACUGCCUCAAAAGCUGAGCACAAAGAACCCAAAGAAAAGAAAGUUCAUAUCUUGGUUCCUCUGUCUGGCCGCUUUGAAAUGUUUGCUAGAUUUAUGGCCAAUUUUGAAAAGACGUGCCUCAUUCCAAAUCAAAAUGUAAAGCUGGUCAUCUUGCUUUUCAAUUCUGAAUCCAAUCCAGACAAGACCAGACAGAUUGAACUCAUGCGAGAUUUCAGAGUUAAAUAUCCUAAGGCAGAUAUGCAGAUAUUGCCUGUAUCUGGAGAGUUUUCUAGAGCUUUGGCUCUGGAAGUGGGAUCUUCUCAGUUUAGUAAUGACUCCUUGCUUUUCUUUUGUGAUGUAGAUUUGGUUUUCUCCACAGAGUUCCUGCAGCGAUGUAGAGGAAAUACAGUUUUAGGACAACAAAUAUACUUUCCAAUUAUAUUUAGUCAAUACGAUCCCAAGAUUGUUUAUGCAGGAAAGGUACCCAGUGACAACCAUUAUGCAUUUACUCAGAAAACAGGCUUUUGGAGGAACUAUGGCUUUGGCAUCACCUGUGUCUAUAAAGGAGACCUUAUUCGUGCUGGAGGUUUUGAUGUUUCAAUCCAAGGCUGGGGACUUGAGGAUGUGGACCUCUUCAACAAAGUGGUACAGGCUGGUUUAAAGAUUUUUAGAAGUCAGGAAAUUGGUGUGGUUCACAUCCACCAUCCUGUUUUUUGUGACCCUAACCUUGAUCCCAAACAGUACAAAAUGUGUUUGGGAUCUAAAGCCUCCACUUAUGGUUCUACCCAAAGACUUGCUGAGUUAUGGCUUGAAAAAAAUGACCCAACGUUUGGAAGAACAACUCAUACAAAUGAUUCUGUGAGGACAGCCUGAUAAUCCAGCAAUGCUGGGAAUUAUUGAACUUUUUCAUAAUUAAUUUAUUUUUCAAUAGUAUUUUUUGUAAUAGUUAAGGCAAAUGUAGCUUGUUAGAAAUGUCUUAUGAGGAGCUCCAUACCUGUUGAGCUUAUCGAACAAAAAUUGUGGUCAGUAUUUGCCUUUUUGACUCUUGCAGUAUGACGACUUGAAAUUUCACGAUGAACAAAGCUGGGGUUCCUUUAAACUGCAUUCCAUAAGCUUGAGCUAUUUUCUUUGCCCUUCUGACUAGUCCUAUCGCAGUACAUGCCAUGAAGACGCUGCAGUGUUACCUGGCUUCAUUGUCCCAUGUCUCCAGACCUCCUUUAUAUUGCAGUCUUUCAGUAGUUUUUAGAACUGAUACUUUCUUACUCCGUAUAGACAAACAAAUGCAACCUUUCAUUCCAUUCAUGUAUUUCAUGGGGUUAGUUUGAUUCCCGCUGAAAAGCUUAUUACUGAAUGUAUUUACAAAGUAUUCAGUAGACUUUAGAACAAUUUUAUAUAACUUUUUCAGCUGGAUAUUUUAUUUAUUUUUUUACAAAUCAAAAAUUAUUCUUCGUAUUAUUGUGCAUUAUUCUGCACAAUGUACUGUAAAAUUUUCUUUCAUUUAAUGUGCUCCCAGUGAUUAAUUUUACCUGCCGGACUGAAUUAAAUGGUUCACAGAUAGCUCCUUUUGCCUUUUUUUUUUUUUGUUUGUUUUAAUUUUUGAGACAGCUCAUUUUGCCUAUUAAAACCACCACAUACUCUGGAAAUUUCAGUGUUGAGUUUAGAAAAGCUAUGUAAACAAAAGGCAAGAGAUUUGUAUACAAUGUACUCUUUAUCAGCUGUUUGCUUGCCUCAGUGUAUUGUCCCUUAAAGAUGACUCAAAUUCUCUAUUCUAACUUACCAGAAUAUAACAGAACUGCAUACAUUACAUCUCAGCAGACCUGUGUUCUUUAAAGUACUGAAGUCACUGUUGCCUUUAAUGCUUUUCUACUGUCCUCCAUUGUGAGUUUCUGUGAUAUACUUUUGUAUUGACAGUGGUCACUUUCACAGCUAGAUACAAUGUGGAAGCAUUUAGUUGUAGGUUGUGAAGAUGUGGAGGCAGCGGUGACUUCAGUGCUGUAAAAUGUUGAAGAACAAGUUAACAAAGUGAUCAUUUCCGUUGAAUGCUGCUCAAUUGUAUGUUAAUUCAAAGGGACAUUGAACUCAAUGCAUAUUCUCUAUUGUCUAUAACAAGUUAAUCUGUGUGACUUUUUAAAAUUGCAUUAGUAUGUUUUGCAAAAGCUAGCAUUAAAUUUACCAGUACUGCAGCCUUCAUCAUGUGGGAGGGGGAAUUUUGUUUUGUUUUUUAAAUUGUUUUUUAAUACUUGAAGGCUCAGGGUGAUAGAAAAUAUUCCUCUAUUGGAGAACGUUGUCUGAGACAAUUGUGAAGACAACUAGUUUUAUCCCUGUUAUAUAUAUGUAGCUCAAAGUUAGUUUGUGCUACAUCCCUUAGAAACCUAGCCUCUCUACAGGCGCAAGAGAUCACCUUUUUAUUCAUGAAUAUCAUUUUGUCCAGUAUUGCCUGUGAUUGGCAGGAACACCCUGAUUUUUGCAAAAAAUUGUUAUGGGUUAUUUUAAAGGAUGCAAUAGUAGUGAGUAUGCAAUUUUAAAAUGGCACUCUUCAAUCAGUUAUUUAGAUAUUUAAUAUGCACACUUUGUACUGUAAU